AUGUCGCGGCAUAUGACCAGGACAGCUGGUAUUUUUCUCCGGCCAAGACCUCAAAGCUUUAUCACACCACAAAGUCGUCUUGCGUCCUCAAAUUCUCACCACGACGAGCAUCAUGGCGAACAGCAUGUUGAGGACAGUGUCUCAUACUCUAAGGAAGACUUCUCUUCACCUGUGUGGCGAAACUUUGUCCUGCUAGGCCUUGCUGCCGCAGGAUUUUACAAGCUCGCUCCCGCGCCCGGCGACGACACGUAUCUGACCCGCUUCAUCGCUCACUACUCUACUCCGCGCGACGUAUGGGAGAACAUUAGAUUCAAGCACCUGCUCCUCACUGUGGAGGGGUCGGACGACACAUUACUCGUAGCAGAUGCCAAGCGACCUCCGAUUCAUCGAUACCGGUACCCACAGCGGCUUGAGCAGUCAUCUCCUCAUUUGCAUCCAGUUGGCUCCACUGUUGAUGUCAGCGACGUCGUUGUAAAGAAUGACGGAGCAUAG